GGGGCUCGACCAGGCCCGGGGAGCUCCGGGGGAGGCUCGGGCUCGGGGGGGGGGCUCCCACCAUGUCGGGCGAGGAGGAGGCGGCCGAGCUCACCAUCGCCGAGGACCUGGUGGUGACCAAGUACAAGAUGGGGGGGGACAUCGCCAACCGGGUCCUUCGUGCCGUGGUGGAGGCGGCGAAUUCCGGAGCGUCGGUUCUCUGCCUGUGCGAGAAGGGGGAUGCCAUGAUCAUGGAGGAGACCGGGAAGAUCUUCAAGAAGGAAAAGGAGAUGAAGAAAGGAAUUGCCUUCCCGACGAGUAUAUCCGUAAAUAACUGUGUGUGUCACUUCUCCCCGCUGAAGAGUGACCAGGAUUACAUCCUCAAAGACGGAGAUCUGGUCAAAAUCGACCUGGGAGUGCACGUGGACGGGUUCAUCGGGAACGUGGCCCACACCUUCGUCAUCGGCGCCUCCAAGGAAAACCCCGUGCUGGGCCGCAAAGCCGACGUCAUCAAGGCGGCUCAUCUGUGCGCCGAGGCCGCCCUGCGCCUGGUGAAACCUGGGAACCAGAACACACAAGUGACAGAGGCCUGGAACAAAAUAGCCCACUCGUUUCACUGCACACCCAUCGAAGGGAUGUUGUCACACCAGCUGAAGCAACACGUGAUCGACGGAGAGAAAACCAUCAUCCAGAACCCGUCGGACCAGCAGAAGGCAGGGGAGUUCGUUGCACAGUUCAAGUUCACGGUGCUGCUGAUGCCCAACGGGCCCAUGCGGAUAACGAGCGGCCCCUUCGAGCCCGAGCUCUACAAGUCCGACUUCGAGGUGCAGGACGGAGAACUGAAGGCCCUUCUACAGAGCUCUGCAAGCCGGAAGACCCAGAAAAAGAAGAAAAAGAAGGCUUCCAAGAAUGCAGAAAAUGCCACCACGGGAGAGACGGCGGAGGAGAACGAGGCUGGCGACUGAGAGCCCCCAAAUCACUCAAAUGGCCCCUUUUCCCCCCCAAAAAAUCCAACCAGAAGCAAAAUAAUCUGGCACUGUUGGUCCCCUCAGGACCAGACAGUCUGGACUUCCCACUGACUCCAAGCAGCUCCCGCUGACUUUGCCAAGCAGGGAGGAAUCUCUCGGCCACUUCAGACAACUGAAAAAAGAGCAGAAAAAAUAAAAUUAGGAGUAAAAGUCACUAUCAAAUCUUUAACCUUUUAUAUUUCCCACGUUUGAAGAGGGGAAUUAAUCCCAAUCCAGCGAGAGGGAGUGUAGGGAGCCACCUGCUUCCUUCCUCCUCCUUCUUCUUCUCCUCUUCCUCCUCAUCCUCCUUUUAUAUUUUUUAAUUUUCCCCUUUACAAAUUUUAAUGGAGGACAAAAAAACCCCACCCAAAACCAGCUAAUUACACCCAGAAAAGUGCCCUGUGUGAGUGAUCUGGGACACGGCGCCAGAGGAUUUAUCUUUCCCCUCUGGGAUUUAUAUUUAUAAUUGGGAAAAACGGCAAAUUUGAGGUCCCCUGGGAGAGUGGUCUGGCUGCUCCGUUUUUGUCUCUGCCUUCAUUUAAGGGAUAAACUCGCUAUUUUUUAACACAAACUCGUUUUUAAAUUGUCCAAGUCCUCGGAAGCCGCCGACAUUCCGGCCCUGCGGAGGGGCAGGCGAGUCCAAUUCCCUGUGUCCCCCGGGAGCACAUUCCACCUUUCCCGCCUGUCACCUCGGGCCAGAGGAUUUCUCACCCUUCCCUCUGGAUUAUCCCUUUGUAAUUGGGGAAAAAAAAUCCCAGCUGUUCCUCAGGUGACGGGUGAGGGAAGCGCUGCCGGAGCCGCCGGAGUCGGGGCCGAGCCCGGCCAGGGGUAUCGCUCUUUUGUAGUCACUUUUAUAAAAAAAACAAAAA